UCUCCCUCUUUCUCUUUCUCUCUCUAAAAAGAAAAAAAAAAGUCUCUAAAGCAAAGCAGUUGAGUUUGGGUUUCAUUGGAGAAGAAGAAGAAGACCUUAGGUUUUGGGGAUAAAGACUAUAGAGAGUGAAGGGAAAACCCAGGGGUAUAAAGGUAAUUUAGUAGGAAGUUCCAUGUUCCCCUCCGGCACCGACGAUAUCCAAAUCUCCGGCGGCCGUGGCGGGGGAGGAAUUUGGUUCAGGGCGGCGUCGCCUUCGAACGUCGCCGUCGCCGUCACGGCCUUGGCGGGCUUCGCUGUGGUUGUGGCUAUGUUCUACACCGCCAGUAGGUAAUUACUAAUUCGUAAUUAAUUCAACACAAAAAAAAAAGAUAAAAAGGAAAGGAAGCCAUAUCCAAAAAUCUUUGAAGCUUUGUCUGAACAAAACCCUAGACCAGUAGAACCAAAAAAGAAAGAGGCUUUCGACUGCCAUUUUCGAUUUUUUCUUUUGGGGUUUCUUUGAUUUUUCCCCAUUUUAUUUUUUUUUACACUAGAGAGUAUUUAAGGAUAUAGAUGAAAGCUCUUCGACGAAGCCACACUUCGUCUUCAAAUUCUUCUCCUUCUUCAUCAUCGUCGUCGUCAUCAUCGUCGUCGUGGAUUCAUUUGCGUUCGGUUCUAUUUGUUGUUACUUCUUCUUCCCCAGCUUAUUGUUCCCACUCCGAUCGGGGACGUCUUAAAUCAUCUUGGUCCCGCAGGAAAAGAAAACACGCCCUUUCAACUCGGCAGUGGAGGACUUUGUUUACACCAGAUGGGAAACUGCGGGAUGGUGGAGUAAAGUUCUUGAAAAAAGUUCGAAGCGGAGGUGUUGAUCCAAGUAUCAGGGCUGAGGUUUGGCCUUUCCUUCUUGGAGUAUAUGAAUUAAACAGCUCAAAGGAAGAAAGGGAUGCGAUAAGAACUGAGAAAAGGAAGGAAUAUGAUAAACUCCGCAGACAAUGCCGUCGGCUUAUAAAACGCAGCAAUGAGAACUUUAAAUUAAAUGAGAAUGGAGAAAUCAGCUAUGAUGGUGAUACUGGGGGUUUUAUUCAUGAAAUGGGGUCUCCCAGCUCGGAGGAUGCUGUAAGUGCCAGGGAAUCCCUCUCUAGUGAGGGAAGGAGCCCAGAUAUGGAAUAUUCAGGGGAAGCUUCCAGCACCUUGCUGGAUGGAGAUGAAGGUUCUAGGCGGAUCACAAAUGCUGAUUCCUCUGCACUAAACACUGACUCAUCUGACUCAGACUCUUCUGAAGACACUGAAGUAACUCAGACUUUCACGGCAUCGGAAAGUAGAGAGGAGGAGAUUGAUCCUGAAGUCACUUCCAAGGAUGAUUCUCCUUCUACAGAAAGCAAACCAAAACUCCCCACAAUGGAAGAUUUUUCCUCUUGGCAACGGAUCAUUCGUCUUGAUGCAGUUCGUGCUAAUUCGGAGUGGAUUCCUUAUUCCACGACUCAAGCUGCUGUAUCUGAAGCAAGUGCACGACGUUCUGCUGAAGCUGUUGGUUUGAAGGAUUAUGAUCACCUGGAGCCGUGCAGGAUUUUUCAUGCUGCCCGGUUGGUUGCAAUUCUUGAAGCUUAUGCACUCUAUGACCCAGAGAUUGGUUACUGCCAGGGUAUGAGUGAUCUACUUUCUCCCAUAAUUACUGUGAUGACCGAGGAUCACGAGGCUUUCUGGUGUUUCGUGGGUUUCAUGAAGAAGGCUCGGCAUAACUUCAGACUUGACGAGGUUGGAAUUCGAAGGCAGCUCAAUACAGUUUCUAAAAUUAUCAAAAGCAAAGACUCCCACCUGUACCGGCACUUGGAGAAACUUCAGGCCGAGGAUUGCUUUUUUGUUUAUAGGAUGGUGGUGGUGCUGUUUAGGAGAGAAUUGACAUUCGAGCAGACUUUAUGCCUAUGGGAGGUAAUGUGGGCCGAUCAGGCAGCCAUAAGAGCAGGAAUAGGAAAAUCAGCAUGGAGCAGGAUAAGGCAACGAGCCCCGCCAACAGAAGACCUGCUACUCUUUGCAAUUGCAGCAUCAGUGUUGCAGAAGAGGAAAUUGAUAAUAGAGAAGUACAGCAGCAUGGAUGAAAUCUUAAGGGAGUGUAAUAGCAUGUCUGGACAACUUGAUGUGUGGAAGCUCCUAGAUGAUGCUCAUGACUUGGUGGUGACCCUCCAUGACAAGAUAGAGUCAUCUCUCUCAUUAUAACUGCUUAUCUUUUUUUGUUGGCUAAUUUCUAUGCUUUAUUCUAUCUUAUGUUCUGCUCUGCUUUUGCUUCAUUCUUCUAUGUGGGGCAAUUCAGAUUGGGUCAUAAGAUAAGCAAAAAAACAAAACCAAACAAAAAUCCUAAUGCCUUAGCUUAGCAGCUGGGACUGUCACAGAUUUUUUUGCCAUGAAAACUUAAAGAGUUAUCAAACAAGGGCUCUGUUGAGGCAAAAAUUUGAUGCAACAAAAUCCCAUCUGUUUGGAUGUCUUGUUAUUCCACUGCUUUCUCUUGUAUACAACGAUCUUUUUUGGGACAUUAAAAAUUUGCCUUUGGGCAUGUAGAGGCUGCUGUUAUGGGGAUGAAAGAAAAUCCAUUAAUUACUUGGUCUUAUUUAUCCCAAAAUUCUUGUUUUUUUUCCCUUUCUUUUAGGUAUGUAGGUAAAGAAAUGAAUGCAUAACAAGUUCUAGUU